AUGUCCACGCUAAUUUUACAAUGCGUUAUUUUAGUAGUUUGGUCCGUAAAGCUAUUAAAUGGCGAUAUUUACCAAGACCGUCCAAAAAUUAAAACUUUCGAUGGCCACUUAGAACUUAAGCCAGCUUUUGAUAAAAACAUAUAUUUAAAACCAAACGGACCCAAAUCGGGCAUUUUUAUAGGCGAUGUGAACGUUCUGAAAAUCAAUAGAGAUAAACCGCAAAUUGGACAGUACGUCCCUAACAUAGAUGACGAUUUAAAUCAGUACCUAAGUGGACCACAAGGUAUUUUAGCAAGAAUUGAAAAUUUAGAGAAAGAGAGUCCCAUAAACUUUGAUGGUACGCUGUCUAAUAUUUCAAGAAUUUGGAAAAAAGUCAAUAGCAUGAACAGAAAAUUAAUCAAUCUGCAACGAGAAUUAGCACUGUUACGCGAGGAUCAAUGUCGCUUACAACCUUGCAAGCAUGGAGGAACAUGUUUGAGCAUAUUAGAUGGCUAUCACUGCCUUUGCCCAUCAAACUGGGAAGGACAAAAUUGUGAUAUUGACGUCAACGAAUGUCAUAACUUUGCUGGUACAGACCUUGGUUGUCAGAAUGGCGCAACUUGUAUUAACAGACCAGGUUCAUAUGAAUGUCUUUGUAAAUCUGGCUGGUAUGGCUUACAUUGCACUAGAAAAGCUAAAGAUUGUUCUGGAGGAGACUUCGAAAUGUGUGGUCACGGUACGUGUGUUCCAGUUACAACGGGUCAAGGCGUUAAAUGUAUUUGUGACCAAGGCUGGACUACAAAUGGAACCGAUUUUUCUUGUCUUACGGAUGUAAAUGAAUGUGAAGCAAGUCAGGGUCCCAGAUGUUCAGUGAAUCCAAAAGUAGAAUGUAUUAACUUACCAGGCUCAUUUCGCUGUGGACAAUGUCCACCUGGCUAUCAGGGAGAUGGUUACAGUUGUUCUGAUAUCGACGAAUGUAGUACUAUACCAAACGGAGGCUGCAGUCCAGUCGCAGCAUGCCACAACACAAUCGGAUCGCGAAUAUGCGGCCCUUGUCCGCUUGGCUUCCAAGGCGACGGUGUUUCAUGUUCUUGGAAAGGAUCUUGCAACCUCGACCACGGAGGCUGCCAUCCUUCUGCACAGUGCAUCGACAAUGGAAGAAUGGGCGGUGCGGGCGCGCAGUGCAUAUGCCCCGAAGGAAUGGAAGGUGAUGGUUACGGUCUCAAUGGCUGUUUUAUCUCGAAUGGAGGAAAUCAAAGCUGCGCAAGUAGACCCUGUGGACUCAAUGGGCGAUGCCACACGUUACGUACAGGAUACACUUGCGUUUGUCGUAAAGGUUUCAGUGGAGCUCAUUGUGAAGUGCCAAGUAACUUAUGCGCAAACAAUCCAUGUCUCAACGGAGGGGUAUGUAGACUAGACGACCAAAAUCCCAGAGGCUUUAGGUGUGAAUGCACAGCACAGUAUUCCGGACCAAUUUGUCAACUAGUGUCCAAACGAUGCGGCGGGGUACUUGAUAAUAACGAAGGUACUAUUUCAUAUCCUGUUGCAAACACAACAUACAACAAUAACGCACGAUGUGCGUGGGUAAUUCAUACAAAUCCGGAUAAAGUAAUUAACGUAACAUUUACCAAAUUUUAUUUAGAAUCUCAUCCUGAUUGUUUGUAUGACUUUCUGCAAAUACACGACGGACGAAGCUCUGCCAGUCAACUUUUAGGUAGAUUUUGUGGUAACGAAUUCCCUAAGGGCGGUAAUAUAAUAUCAAGCCAUAACAAUUUAUAUUUAUGGUUUUCGUCUGACGCUACUGUAGCCAAAAAUGGAUUUACACUUCAUUGGAUUAGUGUGAAACCGAUUUGUGGAGGCGAUGUAGACGUUACGAAACAUGGACAAAUAAGUUCUCCUGGUUCACCAGGAAAAUAUCCCCCUAACCGCGACUGCUACUGGCACUUAUCGACUACGUUAGGUAAAAGAAUACAAUUAAUGUUUUUUACUCUCGAUAUAGAAAACCACGCAAAUUGUAGCUUUGAUUAUUUAGCAAUAUACGACGGAGAGCAUUCUAGUGAUCCUCUAAUUAAAAAAUACUGCAAUACUACUCAGCCUGAACCAAUAAUUUCCGCUAGUUCAGAUAUUUUAAUACAUUUUCAUUCUGACUCAUACAAUAAUGGGUAUGGAUUCCAAAUAGCAUAUAUGCCCGUUGAGGGUAUACCUGGAUGUGGUGGCUAUCACACUCGUGAUAAGGGUGAAAUUGUGUCUCCCUCUCUUGAUGGAAGUUAUCUAAAUAAUUUACUAUGUGAAUACAAAAUACAAACAAGUCCUGACACCAAAAUACGAAUUGAAUUUAAAAACUUUCAUUUAGAAAAUUCACUGAGAUGCAAAUUUGACUACCUUAAAAUCUACGAUGGCUCUACUUCAGAUUCGCGCCUUGUAGGAAGGUUUUGUGGAACUUUGUUUCCAAAAACAUUCACCUCGUCCACUAAUUCUCUCUUCUUUAAAUUCAAAAGUGACAGAAGUUUAGGAGCCAGUGGUUUUAGAAUAACUUACGAAGCCAUCUGUCACUUUACAAUAACAGGGGAUAGUGGUAUUAUUAAAUCUCCUGGCUAUCCAUUUAGUUACCCUAGUAAUAGACUAUGUGAGUAUGUUAUAAGUACAUCGCCUGGUAAAGUCAUUCAACUAAGUUUUCAGGAUUUCGAUAUCGAAGACAAUCAUUAUUACAACUGUCAGUAUGAUAAUUUAGAAAUAAGAGAUGGACCAAAUAUCAAUUCGAGCCUUCUAGGAAAAUAUUGUGGUGGUUCCGAUCAUAUUCCACCGGUUCAAAUAUCGACCCACAACUACAUGUACUUAAAAUUUACUUCAGAUCUUAGUAUUUCCGGAACAGGGUUUUAUGCAAACUUUACGACAAUUAAUACCGAAUGUGGUGGUGUUUACACAUCAACAACGGGAUUGAUUAAUUAUCCUUCAGAAAGUAAAGGAAAUUACAAAAAUAACCAGGUUUGUAGUUGGAUACUAAUAGCACCGCAAACAAUGCACAUAAAAUUAACAUGGAAUCGCUUCAGCAUAGAACAUGUGAGUAAAUGCAGAAGCGAUUACUUAAAGCUCACCGAAAUCGAUGAUAACGAAACAAAAACGGAACUUGGAAAAUUCUGUGGUCCAAACGCACCGCCAGCUAUAACUACUUCAACUAACAAGUUGUUAAUUGAAUUUGAAUCGGAUAGUUCAGUAAGAUCUGCAGGUUUCUCACUCUCUUAUACAUUUUUAGAUGAAAAAUCACAUUGUGGAGGUAAUUACAUAAACACUCAUGGAGUCAUUUAUUCACCUGGUUGGCCUAAAUCAUACGAACCUAAUCGCGAUUGUAUUUGGAUAAUCGAAGUUCCAGUAGGCCAACAGAUUAGAUUAAACAUUUCUCACUUUGAUUUAGAGAGACCCAUAGCUCACAAGUGUACUCUCGGAGAUUAUUUAGAACUGAGGAAUGGAGUUACAGAAAAUUCACCAAUCAUAGAUCAAUUAUGCGGCAACUUUGAGAAAAGAAUAAUUCUGUCCAUGGCGAACGCUUUAUAUAUUCGUUUCCAUUCUGAUUUUUAUCUUUCUGGUAAAGGAUUCAAAUUAGAAUGGGAUGGAACCGUCAUUGGAUGUGGUGGCACUGUUACUAGUUCUAAAGGAUCUAUAGCUUCUCCAAACUAUCCUAACAAUUACCACGACUUCCAAGAGUGCUUUUAUAAAAUUGUUGCUAGCCCAGGUUCAAGAAUUCAUAUUUCGUUUGUAGAGCUAGAUCUCGAACGGACUCACGAGUGUGAAGACGAUUACAUUGAAAUAUACGACGGUCUUGAUUCUAGCGCUAAUAAGUUAGGACGAUUUUGUACAAUGUCCCCUGAAUUAGUAAACAUCGCAACUUCUUCCAAUAGUGCAUAUUUAAAGUUUCGUUCUGACUUUUACCUAAGUGGUAAAGGAUUUUUAUUGAAUUAUGAAGCCGCCUGUCAUAAUAAUAUCACUGGAAAUUACGGAGUUAUAGAAACGCCAAAUUUUCCCGGUUUCUAUCCAGCUAAUUCUAAUUGUCUGUGGAAUAUAACCGUAUCGAAAGGAAAUCGGAUAAAUGUUACUUUCACGGAUUUCAAUCUAUAUAAACCCUACCGAGGUUAUCCUUUUUCACGUUUAAAUACGUUCUACAGAUACCAAACUUGUCAGCAUGAUUACAUACAAAUUAAGGACUCAGCUGAUUCAACUUUCUCCGAUAAAAUCUGUGGAAAUAAAAUACCUUCAAUGAUAACUACUAAAGAGAACUCGCUACAAAUUAAAUUUUUUUCUGGAUACGUUCCGCGAACCGGCUUCCGUCUCGAAUGGGUUAGAUUUGGAUGCGGUGGUGUUGUUCGUGCAUCAAACGGAAUUUUAGAACUGGAAAAACGUUUCAUGUCGAGUAAAGAAUUGGAAUGUGAAUGGACUAUAAGAACUUCCAUCGGGAAAUCAUUAAUUUUAAACUUUAGCGACAUUUACUUAUCGGAGACUAAAGAUUGUACAGAAGAUGCUAUAGAAGUGUAUAACGGUGAAGAUACUACAUCGCCACUAUUAACCAAAAUAUGCAGUCGAAAACCAACGUCCGUGCAAUCUACAGCCAACGUUAUGUUUGUAAGAUUAAGCAAGCUCUCAUCUCUCAAAGAUGUUUAUUUUAAAUCCAAAUAUCGUUCUAUAGCAUCGACGUGCGGUGGCUCAAUAAAAUCUACUUCAGGAUUUAUUUAUUCUAAAAACUACCCCAAGAAUUACGAUAACAAUUUAGAUUGUUUAUGGAAGAUUGAAGUAGCCAAGGAUCAUCGAAUUGCAUUGAAUUUUACAGACGUAGAUUUAUACUCCGAAAACGUUGCUCCUGGCCAUGAUUGUAACGACCGAAUCGAAGUAUACGAUAAUAUGUUUAAUAUGCUUACAAAAACAUACAAAUAUCAUAUCUGUUCUCGGUCCGAUACAAAAUCUUUUGUCAGUGAUUCAAACACGAUUUACGUUAAAUUUGUUACUGAUAACGUAGGAACAGCUAAAGGAUUUAAAGGCAAUUUUAAUACUGUUUGCGGAAGCUCUAUUACCGCCAUCACCGACGGAACUAUUUCAAGCGAUAAACACCCGUAUUCGAAUAGCUGCAGCUGGACAAUUAAAGCAUCAGAUUUAGAUAAAAAAAUAUCGUUAUCAUUAACUCAUAUAGCACUACCAACCGAUUUUAGUAAUUUUAUUAAUAGAACCUGCUCUUCGACAUACCUUCGUCUAUACGAUGGGGAUGACACUAAUGCGCCGGAGAUAGGAGAAUACUGCGGACGAAAAAUACCUCCACUAAUAGUAAGUCAUGGAAGCGCUAUCACCAUGGAACUGGGGACGUACAGUAAUAAAAUUGAAGGGGAAUUUUCUGCACACUAUUCGACGUUAUCUAAUGCAUGUGGAGGAACGUACACUUCCGAAGAGGGAGCACUAGCAUCACCGAACUAUCCCCGCCCUUACCCAUCAGGCGUUGAUUGUGAAUGGAUAAUAAAAGCAUCGCCUGGUAAUCAGAUAUACAUCACAUUCGAAAGUUUUAAUUUAGAAUUUUCUGAAGCAUGUAAUGAGGAUUAUUUAGAAUUACGUGAAAAUUCUGGUAGCGGACAAUUACUUGAUGUAUACUGUGGCAAUGAUAUUCCAUCAAAUGUUACAAUUGGAAAUAAAUUGUACAUCAAAUUUCACAGUAAAAUGCAAAGUACUGUGAAAACUAAUGGUUUCCUUAUUCAUUAUGGAUUACUGCAUAAUAAUGAAAUCACAGGUGAUCAUGGAAGAAUUACGUCACCGCUGUAUCCAAAUCUUUACCACGAUUCUGGUGAUUUCACUUGGCGAAUAAUCACAACCGCACGUAAAACUAUUUCAAUAAAAUUUGACACCUUGAACAUUCCAACGUAUGGUGAUAUUUGUUUUAACAAGCUAAGUAUUUACGAUGGAUAUGAUAGUUCGGGACGCCUUUUAACAGAACUUUGUGGAGUAACCCUUGAAUCGGACACAUUUGAAACAUCCUCAAAUGCCAUUUUCAUUAAAUUUUCCCUGGACGGAUCUAACACAGGAUCACUAUUUAGUUUAACGUGGACAAGUUCCGAUAAAAUAAUGAUCAAUGAAGAUGAAAAUGAAAUCAUUAAUUGCGGAUCUAACGAAACGCAAACAUUGUUACCUGGUGAGAUUAAGAUAAUUAAAUCGCCAAAUUAUCCAAAUCCGUAUGACAUUGAUCUAAACUGUAAAUGGGAAUUCAAAGGUACUUUAGGAAAUCAUCUUAAGAUCUCUUUUAUAGAUUUUAACUUAGAAGAAACAAGCAAAUGUUUUGCCGACUACGUUUCUAUAUUUUCAGCGGAUAAAAUCAAUGACUGGAAACCAAUUAAAGAGGGGCAGUGCUUAUCUGAUUCAAUGAAAGGUGAUAUAAACGCCACAGAUUAUUUAAAAGUUGUUUUCGUUAGUGAUCGUACCGUAAACAAAAAAGGAUUUUUAGGUAAAGUGGCUUCAGUAUGCGGUGGACUAAUAACUGACCUUUCUGGAACCUUUGGACCAGUUUUAGCUGAUAUUAUAAACAUUGAAUAUCCAAAUUAUAGGUGUGAUUGGACUGUAAAAGUACGACCGGGUAGAGUCAUAAAAGUUUUAUUUGAACAUUUUAAUAUAACAAGUAAUGACUGUUCAACUUCGGUGAUUUUACAUAACGGCGAUUCAAUUUAUGCUCCUAUGUUAGGAAGUGGAAAAUACUGUGGGCUUGAACACGAAAUCAAGGAAAAUUUAGUUACUUCAAGUAAUACGUUAUAUGUCAGUUACGUGACCAAGAACUCUUGGAGCAGACUUUCAUCCAAAUUUGAAAAUUUUAUUAUUCAUUACGAAGAACAUAGUAUAGAGUGCGGAUUUACUUCGAAAUUGGAUCAAGAUCAAGCAUGGGAAAUCAUAAAUUCCCCGAACUACCCAGCAGUUCCUCAACCAUAUACAGAGUGUGGUUGGACUAUAACUGGGCCUGCUGGUGAAAUUUUGAGAGUUGAUUUUAUAGAAAGGUUUGAUUUGGACAACGUAAAUAACUGCGAAACGGAAUCGGUAGAAAUAUAUGAUGGUAGUUCAGCAUUGGCUCCUUCCCUAGGCAGAUUUUGUCAAGAUAAACCUGCAACUGUGAAAACAAAAAGCAAUACAGUGUUUGUUCAAUAUUUUACACAGCUUGCAGAACCAAGGAAUGGAUUCAAAGCCAACAUAUCUAUUGAUGUUUGUGGUGGCACGAUAAUAGCAUCGUCAGGAGAGAUUUUAUCUCCAGGAUAUCCUCACUUGCAAAUUUUACCUUACGGCACUGAAUGCAAGUGGGAAAUAAUAGGAACGCCUACGAGAAUUUUACAUUUAAAUCCUCAAGACAUACAACUACCAGAAUCCGAAGCUCCGUGUGCUACUUACAUAACAGUCGAGGAAACAAUCGUUGCUAAUAACACAAUUGUUAUAUUACAAAAAUUCUGCAAUGAUGCUGUUCAACACAAUUUGUCUCCAAUAGAAUCUACCUCAAACAAAAUAGUCAUUAGACUACAUAUCGGGAAACCUAGUCAAUGGAUACAAAUUUCAGAGCAUAGAGGUUUCAAAUUUACUUUUAAUACUUCACAACCAACGUGUGGUGGCACAAUUACGAUACCUGAAGGCUUUUUAACGACACCUAGGUACCCCAUGGAAACUUCUUUAAAAUAUUGUCAGUGGAAAAUCGAAGUUCAAAAAAAUCGUCGAAUACGACUAGAAAUCAUAGAUGCUGACACGCAGAAAUUAAUAAUAAGCAUGUAUAACGAUAACAAAUUUCAGUCUUUAAUAAGCAUACUCUCAGGAGAAGAAAAUAACACUGCAAGCCAAAUUUUCGAAUCAUCCGGCAAUCAAUUAUCUUUUUAUAUAUGGUUAAAAUCUACGAAAACUCAGUAUCGGUUUAAAGCUAAGUUUAGUUCUGAUGAACCUUCUUUAUGUGGUGAUGAACUUCAAGGAUUAAAAGGCAGCAUAACCUCUCCCGAUAUAAACAGAUCUUAUGCUUGUGAAUGGCAUUACAACUCCGCAGGAGUAAUUCUAAAUGAAACUUAUAAAUAUUCGACGACCCUUAUAAAAAUCAACAUGACUUCGUCUGUGUCUAGAACACAUUGUAGAUAUUUCGAUCCUAAGCUAAUGAUUGCAUCCAAGUCUGCGAGCUUUAGUAAAUCAAUUUGUGGUAAUACCAUAACAUCCUUAAAAAUACCUCUACCUUCUUUCGAUUUGAAAGCAUUCAAAGGAAACAUGAAAUCAUUAGAUUUUACGGUAUCCUGGGAAUUACAACCAUGCGGCGGUAUAGUUCAUGUGACUGAAAAUCCAACUAAUAUUAUUGAUGUACCUGGGUCUUAUGGUAGUACGAUAGAUUGUGCAUGGCAACUGUCAAUUAAUGCUAACAACAGAAUCCAGAUAAAUCUAGAAGGUACGUUUAACUUGGAGUGUGAUGAUGAAUAUAUAAAAGUUUCUCGAGAUCUUUCCCAAAACUCACAAGUGAUUGGUGAUUUUUGUAAAAGUAAUGCAUUGACGAUACCAAUUUUAUCGAAUUUGAAUAAUGUUUAUGUACAGUACCAUUCAAAAGUAAAAAGUAAUACAAAUAUACGAUUAAUUGCUAAAACCGUUACUAAUCAAUGCGGUGGUGUUUUGUUUGAUUACGAAAAAGUUUUUGCGUCCCCGAACUAUCCGAAAAAUCAUGACGCUAAUCUAGAAUGUGUAUGGGAGAUCAAAGCUAACGUAGGAAAUCGGGUUAAUUUAAAGUUUAUUGACCGAUUUACAAUUGAAGAAACACCAAACUGCACCAAAGACGCUGUUAUUAUUUAUGAUUGGAAAGAUAAUGAGUACCAGGAGAUAGCAAAACUUUGUGGUCGUAAUGUCCCUCUGUCAUAUAAUUCGACCAACUACAAAAUGAAGGUUGUUUUUCGAACAGAUUCAGAUAUUAAUCUCGAUGGAUUCAAAGCGCGUUGGGAUCCAAUAUGUGGCGGCAAUUUUAUAGCCACAGAAAAAGAACAGUUUUUGUACAGUCCUAACUAUCCAGAUGAAUAUCCAAAUCUUUUAAACUGCACAUAUGAAAUUUCAGCGCCAGAUAAAAAAACGGAAAUAAAGUUUGUCGAAUUUGAAUUGGAAGGUAGCUACCCUGAUUGCUCUUAUGACAACUUAACUGUAUCUUAUGCUGAAACUUACGACUAUUUCUCAGAAGUAUACUGUGGAAAACAGAAACCUCCGAUGAUGAUCGGCGACAAAAUUAAUCUAGAACUGAAAUCCGAUGAGUUUUUAACACAAAAAGGUUUCAAAAUCGCCUUCAAAACCUUCGAUUGUGGCGGCCAUAUCAACUCCACUACUAUGAUCAAAUCUACCAGAACUGAAAAAUAUCACGAAAAUAUGAAUUGUACUUGGAUUAUUAAUGCCCCAAAAGAUGAAAUUGUGAUAAUUAAAUUUAUAUACAUCGAUUUAGAGGACCACUAUACUUGUCAAAACGACUACAUUUCUGUGUAUAAUGGUCUUACAGAUGAUGAAGAUAAACGCAUAGCUUUGUUUUGCGGACUCAUAAACAAAACUACAACCGUGAAAAGUACAGGAAAUACAAUGCUUGUACAGUUCAUUUCCGACAGUAGUAUGGAGUUGACAGGAUUCAAAGCUGAAGUUUAUUUUGGUUUAUCAGAAACUGUUGGAUGUGGUGGAAAGAUAGAUUUGAGUGAUGGUAAGGCUCGAACUGUCAAAUCUCCCUUAUUAAAAAACAGGGUAGUAUAUGAAAACUACUUGGAUUGUGAUUGGGCCAUACAAUCAUUAGAUGGUACUUAUAUAAAAAUAGAAUUUUUGUCAUUUCACAUUUCUCCGUGCGGCGACGUCAAUCAAACUGCAUUGGGCUACAGUAAGUGCGACUGUGAUUAUGUCGAAAUUAAAGAUGGAAUUUAUCCAAACAGUCUAAUAAUAGGAACAUAUUGUGGACAUGUUAUUCCAAGUCCGGUAAUAUCAUCAGGAAACCAAAUGAGCAUCAAACUCAUCACCGACGGAGAAAUAGCCAGCUCGGGCUUUGAAGCCAAACUGACUGUGCUACCAACUAUUUGUGGUCAAUCACAUUACGUUGUUAAAGAAACUAGGACGGAGAUAAAAUCUCCUGGUUAUGAUAUAGGUUCCAUUCCACGUGGAACACAUUGUAUGUACAUCCUAGAUGCCGGCGAUAACCCUUAUACAACAAUACGUUUGUCUAUCACUACCGACUUACAACCUGUUAAUGUUCAAUCAAAACGCUGUACCGGAGACAAAUUAUUGAUUACGUACUAUAAUAGCAACAGUAACGCUACACUUGGAAAAGAUUUCAUACUACACACUGAAACGACCGAUUUCUUUUCACGUUCAUCUUUGUAUGACCUUACCGUUCCUACAAAGUUUGAAUUGUGCGGUCAUCAGAAAACAUAUGACAUCUACGUCACCGGAAGCGUAUCAAUAAAUUUAAUAACAUCUCCGGUGUCCGAUUCAUUAAUUCAUAGAGGAGUAAAAAUAGAUUUCUCAUAUGCAAGCUACUGCAGCCGAAACUACACCGGGAUACAGGGCAGGAUAAAAACAGAUCACGAUAACAUUCAUGAUUGCUAUACACUCAUAACCGCACCGGAAAAUCAUACAAUAUCACUAUACUUUAUUAAUGUUAUACCAAAUUAUUGGGACGAAAACAGUUUUCUUAGUAUAUACGACGGCAAUAACACGAGCUCACCAAAAAUAUUAACUAUAAAUACAAUUUACACUGACGCUUCCGUGUUUUCAUCGGGCAAUUAUGUUUUAUUACACAAUCAUCAAUCUGAUGAGACGCAUGCAAUUUACGACAGAAUCACUUUCGAUCUAAAUUACGUGGCAACAGAUAAAGGUAGGGGUUGUGGCGGUAAGCUGAGUAAUGAAAUCGGCAAAAUAACAAGUCCCCUUUAUCCGGAAAUCUAUAGGCGCCGAUCCACAUGUGAAUGGGAACUUGAGACACCUCCGGGUACACAGCUGGUACUAAGAUUUGAAACAUUCGAUAUGGGGAUUAACUGUGAUGAAAAUUAUAUCCAAUUGGUUGAUAGUAAAGGUACUAUAUUAUCGUCGUAUUGUUCUGAAACACCAGCCGAUUUCACUAGUCAAGACAAUUAUGUUAAAGUCGUAAUGUAUUCGACUGUUAAUAAUGGCGGCACCGGUUGGGUCGCUCUCUUCGCUGGCAUCGAGGCCGUCUAA